AUGAAAUUGUCUUCUGUGAUUUCCACUAUUGCCCUAGCCGCCGUUUCUGUCGCCGCUGCUUCCAGCGACGAUGUCGCCAAGGUCCCAGCCGAGGCCGUUAUCGGGUACCUGGAUCUAGGAGGUGAUCAUGACAUCACUGUUCUACCAUUCAGCAAUUCUACUGCCAGUGGCCUAUUAUUCAUCAAUACGACCAUUGUUGACGCGGCUCAAAGGGAAGAAAAUAGUACUUUGGCAAAAAGAGAAGCCGUCGCCGAUGCUUGGCACUGGCUGAAGUUGAGACCUGGUCAACCAAUGUACAAGAGGGAUGCUGAAGCAAAUGCAGAAGCAGAAGCUUGGCACUGGCUGCAAUUGAGACCUGGCCAACCAAUGUACAAAAGAGAAGCUGACGCUUGGCAUUGGUUGCAACUAAGGCCAGGCCAACCAAUGUACUAA